AAAUGGCUCACUACCAUGACGACUAUGGAAAGAAUGAUGAAGUGGAAUUUGUCCGAACUGGCUAUGGGAAGGACAUGAUCAAAGUUCUCCAUAUUCAGAGGGAUGGAAAAUACCACAGCAUCAAAGAGGUGGCAGCUUCGGUGCAGUUGACUCUGAGAUCCAAAAAGGAUUACCUCCAUGGCGAUAACUCGGACAUCAUCCCUACAGACACCAUCAAGAACACAGUGCACGUGCUGGCGAAGUUCAAAGGGAUCAGAAGCAUCGAGACCUUUGCCAUGAACAUCUGUGAGCACUUCCUCUCCUCUUUUAACCACGUCACUCGAGCCCACGUCUACAUGGAAGAGGUCCCCUGGAAGCGCUUUGAAAAGAAUGGAGUCCAGCAUGUCCACGCAUUCAUCCACACCCCCACAGGAACGCACUUCUGCGAGGUGGAGCAGAUGAGGAACGAACCUCCCGUCAUUCACUCUGGAAUCAAAGACCUCAAGGUCUUGAAAACAACCCAGUCUGGAUUUGAAGGGUUCAUCAAGGACCAGUUCACUACUCUUCCUGAAGUGAAAGACCGAUGCUUCGCCACUCAAGUGUACUGCAAGUGGCGCUACCAGAGACGGGACGUGGACUUUGAGGCUAUCUGGGGUGCUGUCCGGGACAUUGUCCUGCAGAAGUUUGCUGGGCCCUAUGACAAAGGCGAAUACUCCCCUUCUGUGCAGAAGACCCUCUAUGACAUCCAAGUGCUGUCCCUGAGCCAACUCCCUGAGAUAGAAGACAUGGAAAUCAGCCUUCCGAACAUUCACUACUUCAACAUCGACAUGUCCAAAAUGGGGCUGGUCAACAAGGAAGAGGUCUUGCUGCCUCUCGACAAUCCCUACGGCAAAAUCACAGGGACGGUCAAGAGGAAGCUGUCCUCAAAGCUGUGACAUUAUGGCUCCAGCCAACUGCAAUUCUGGCGAUGACUGAGUGUUUACCUGCAAAAAUUCCAACUCAGGAUAUUGAUUGCUUUGU